AAUCAGCGCAAGCACUGUGGUAAUUGAGAAGGACAUGGACCAUCUACACAAGCAAAGCCAGUUCAUUACACUAAACACUCACAUUCGUAGUUCUCUAACUUCCCUACAAAAUUUUCCGUUGGGACACCUUUGCCCCUGUUCCCUUAGUAACACAAUGUUUUCGGUUAUGAAGUCCUUGUUACAUUCUUUUGCCAGCAAUGUCCUAUUCCAUCUUCUCUGGGCAGAGUGACCAGAGAUGAAGUCUUCACUUUUGUUCUUGCCUCGCUGUUCUCUCUCACAGCUUCCACGGUACCAGUGGCAAAAGGUUGGCGGCGUUCCCCAGCUCAGCUUCUGUAGCUGUCUGAUCUCCCACAGGGGACCGAGCAGGGGUUCCCGGCCGGGCCUGAGCCCACGGGGAGGGGCUGCGGCUGCUGCCGGCUCAGGAGCUCUGUGGGCAGAGAAAAGGGGGUGACACCGGCCUGGGGGCCCCGGGGGGAGCACACACGUUCACCCGAGUCCCGCUGGCCCCACACAGGUGAGCUCCCAGCACCACCAGUGCCCCCAGUGCGGCCCCAGCUCCCCCGACACGCCCCAUGCCCAGCGCCGGGCGCUGCCCCAGCCCCAAAGCAGCCGCGCUGUGCCCUGGGGGGGUCCCCGCGGCCCCGCCCCGCGCGGCGCUGGGAGCACCAGUCCGGACCAGUUCAGAGCGUGGCCGGGCGGCAUCGGAACACACCAAAGUGGCUCCACCACGGGCCAUUCAGAACACCAGAAACUGGCAGAAAGCAACAGAAUUCUCCAAAAAAAGGAGUCACCUUUGACCAUGAACUGACCAGGAAUUCCCCAAAGCUGUUUAUAACCCCCCAAACUGGUGGAAAGCAGCAGGAUCUUUCCCAAAACCUUCCCUGUGGGGCCCCACUCCAGUGUCAGAGGCAGGUGUCUUCCCCCUUUCAGUGACUCAUCCCUCCCGACUGGAAGGUGCCCCAAAACCUCCUCAGGAACCGGAUCACCCCAAGCUCUUCAUCCCAAAGUGUGGCUGUCUCAUUGCAGCCCUCAUCCCCCACAUGCCCAUGGGGUGGGGGGAAGGUGUUGGAGAGAUUUCUCUGCCUUCUCCUUUGGUCCUGCUGUGAAUAAAUUCACUCCCUGUGCCUAGGCUGGGUCUGUUGUGCCCCUGCCGGUGCUGGGACCAGGAUCCCUCCCCGUCCUUGUCUCAACUCCGGGGCCUUUCCUUGUAUUCCCUGUCCCUGUGCAGGUGCAGAGGGCAGGGACAGGGCAGUUUUGGUGGCUCUUAGCAUCCAGGCAGGGCCAGCCCAGCCCCGGGGUUCCAGGGGGCUCGUGGGGGUCCCCUGUUUGUGGGACAUCCCCGCUGGAGGAGGGUGUCCCCCCUUGCCGCAGCCCCAGCCCUCAGGCAGCGCUCAGCCCAGCAGAGAACGCCCUCAGCUGGGGCCUCAUUUUUGGGCACACCUGAGCCCCUGGACAUCUGGGAUGCCCAUUUUGGGGUGCACCUGAGCUGGGGGAUAUCCGGGACCCCGUUUUUGGGGCUGUAUUGGGUUUGCAUGGCCUCCUUUUGGUCGCUGGGUUUUUUACAGGGCUGGGUUCUGGGAGAAGGUUCUGGAGGUUUCCUCUGUGUCCGGCAGAUCCAAUCCCUGGUGCCUGCACAGAUGGAGGUAUUGGAGGCAGAGAUCCACGAGCAUGCAGAGAUCCCCCCGCAGCCCCUGCAGGAGCCCGUGCCAGAGCAGGGGGAUGCCUGAGAUGAGGCUGUGACCCCAGGGGACACCUGUGGACAGAGGGGCCCCGCGGGAGCAGCCUGUCCUUGGAGGACUGAGCCCGUGGCAGAGUGACCCACGCUGCAGCAGCUGGAGGGGGCUGUUCCCCGUGGGAUGGAGCGAGGCUGGAGAAGCUCCUGGAGAAGGCUCCGGUGGGAGGGAGCCAGGGAGCAGCAGGGGAACGACUCCUGUCCCUGAGCAGAGGGAGAAGGCCCGGGGGAUGAACUGAGCACGGCCCCAUUCCCUGUGUGCCUGCUCUGCCGGGGGAGGAGGGGCAGCUGCAGGGAGGGAGGCGGGAGGGGAAGCUGCUUUGAAGGGGCUUCAUUUACUUCUCAUGAUCCUGCUCUGAGUUUUUGGAAUUUUCUACCAGAAAUCUCUCCCCUCUUCCACUCGUCGACAGGGGUUUGGGGCAGAUUUCCUUUGUUCGGGAUGCACUGAUGGUCCUAGUUAGGGGCUAGGAGAAGUGAGGCUCCAGGGCUUCCCGCUGAGUCGGAGCCAGCCACAACCCAGGGCUGGGAAAGGCGGGCCGGGAGGUGCGGAGAACUUUGUUGGUGUUUGCAGCUCGAUCCCGCCUCGGGCCCGGGGCCGUGCCAGGGCUGUUCCUCAUCUCCGCCUUUCCCCUCACACAGCCCGGGGGGCGCUGAGAGCGCGGGCCGAGGCUGGGCCGUGUGCAGAGCCCGGGGCUGGCUGUGUGCGAUUGGCUGAUUGUGGCGUCAGUCGUGGUUGUGCGGCGCUGAUUGGGCAGAGCGGGGAGCAGGCCGGGGCCGGGCCCGCCCCCCGGUGGGCCAUGUGGCAGCAGAGGCGCCAUGGGCGGAGCGCGUGUGCGGGCCCGGGAGCGGCGGCAGCGGCCGGAGCCCGGUGAGGCGGCGGCGGAGCUCGGAGGCGGCCCCAGCGCAGAACUAAGAAGAGGAAAUGGGAACUCUCAAAUCUGCGGAUAAUUAAGAGGCAGACGGAGAGCGGGGAUCAGAGCGGGAAGGUGUCUCAAGGAGGGAGAUCGCAGGAAUUCUGACUACGAGCUCCAGUCAGACCCGCAUAGAGGUAAGACUGCUAACCCUGAAGAAUGGAGUGGGAGGCGGCCCUAGGUCUGUUGAAAUGUAUCCUUGCCAAGCAAGGGAUGAACACUGAGGAGAGACAGCUCAAAGAGCUUUUGAAAUGGGCUAAAGAACAUGGAUAUAUGAAAGGAGUAUCAGUGAUUUUUAGCCCUGAAGAAUGGAGGGAGGUGGGCGAUGCCCUAUGGGAAAAGACGAUUAAACAAAGUAAAUCAGCUAAAAAGCUGGGGAUCUUAUGGCAUAGUAUAAUCAACACAUUACUGCAGAUGAAAGCAGAAUGUAAGGUCACUCUGGCAGCUACAGAGGUGCUACGCCCUCCAGCCGCUCCCCCCCAGGUCCCUGAAACAACGACUUUUCGGAUCGGAAGAUUUUUUGGCACUGAUCAUAUGCGGCUGAUAAGAGGAGUGCAACAGCAGCCAAAAAGCUCUGCUGUUGACAUGGCGAAAGGGGAAACAGCUGCCAAAAGGGACACAGCUGCCAAGAAAGACACACCUGCCAAGCCACCAGGUGUUUUUCCUCAGCGAGACACAGCUCCCAAACCUGUGCCAAGUCAUGAUGUAUCAGAGCAGAGCGAAGCAGCUCGCCAGCCACCAGCUUAUCCUCCACUCCCAGCUAGCGGACAAACAACACCUUGCCCCCCCUGCUCACAAGGAUCACCAUCCGUCAUUGGGCAUGCGUCACCCCCUUCACCUUUUCCUCCUAAGGAGGUUGCAAAGAAUCCACCUGGUUUGGAAUCAAACCAAGCAAGUGAAACUGAGCAAUCAAUGAAAGAAGUGCUGCAGAAAUUAGAAGAGCUUGCACAACACAAGAGUGCAACAAGCCAAGCAAUCGAUUCAGCUGGGAGAGACAAGGGUCUCCCACAGAAACAAUGGGAAGCAGAACAAGAAAUGACAAAGCAUAUGCAUGUUGAAAAACCACCUCCGAUGAAUCCUAAUCACUCUAGCAGACCAACAGCUCCGCCCAUUGGACCACUGCAAGAACCUGUGCUUAUCUCCUCGUCAGAAGGAAUUGUGGUAAAGUCUAAACAAGCAGGAAAUAGAUGGUCGGGUGUCAUCCGUGAUGCGAUCCUGGAAGGGGAAUGGCAAGCAGCCUCUGCUGUUGCUUUCCCCAUAGCACUGCAGCUAACACAAACUGGACCAGCUGCAGAAUGGAAGCCAUAUGACUGGAAGCUUUUACAACAAACAAAGACCACUGUUACCCAAUAUGGACUGCAUUCAGAAGUGGCAAAAAACAUUAUCCAUUAUUUGUUCACCUUGAAUAUCGUGUGCCCAAAUGAUUGCAUGAACAUUGCAAGAUUGCUAUUGACACCAUCACAGUACUUGUUACGGGAGAGAGUAUGGGAACGACAAGCUCAAAGAGAGGCACAGAAGCCACAACAAGUGGGGGAUCCCUUGUAUGCAGUCCAAGUGGAACAGCUGACUGGAAGAGGAGCUUAUGCAGCUACCAAUGUACAGCUCACAUUCCCCAUACAGAUGCAUCACGCUGCUGCCGCCACAGCCGAACAAGCAAUGCUGUCCAUUCCUCAUGACCAAUGGGAACCAUCAUUUACAAAUGUUAAGCAAGGCCAAACUGAGAAUUUUUCCAAUUUUGUAAAUCAGCUGCAUGAGGCAUUAGAACGUCAUCCUGACUUAACUACUGAGAUGCGCAGUAACAUGUUCAAAAUUUUGGCCUUUGAUAAUGCCAAUUCUAAAACAAAGAUGAUUCUCUCAAUGCUUCUGAAUGGUGCCUCAGUAGACAAAAUGGUGGAAAAAAUGGCCAAACAGGACUUGAGUCAAAAUGCUGCACUCAUCGCCGAAGUAGUCAAAGGUGCUGUACGAGGCCAGACACAAAUACUGGCAGCUGCAUUGAAGCAACAGGGAAAGAGAGUGAAGGAAAGCUGGGUUGCAAAUUGCACUCGAGAAGAUUCAACAGAAGAGCCCUUGAAAAUAUUUGAGCUGGCUCAUAACUGAUACGAUAAUCACUCUGCAAAAAGUCACCAUUAAAACUCAAAUUUCCACGCUCACAGAUGUGCAAAGUUCGAAUUCUAAUUGGCAUUAUAAACAAUGAAUUGUACCCAUUCUUGGCACUGUUCAGAGAUACUGAUUCAGAUCAACGUACAAAGCCUACUCAAGAGCAGAAAGACUGUAUUAACCACCUUGGUCAUCUCAUUUCCACUCGAUGGGCUUCACGUCAUUUGUUUGUGGUGACACGACCCACCACUGUGUUUGCUGUGCUUUGUCAAUGGCAAAAGAAAAACGGAGAAGAAGGGAGGCCUAAGACAACAAGCGAUAGCAUUGACAAGCUGAAUGUCAGACCUAAUGUGGUGUAUUUACAUUGUUUGUGACAAUCUUGUUAUGAAUGUGGUAGUUGUGAUUGGUGGGCAAAAAUUAAGUGUGGAAGUUACCAGUCAAUUAUUUUGAUCCAUAGGAGUCGCCUCCAUUUGAUUGCCUUUUGUAUUAGCUGUAAUGGUAAUUUUUGCCUUGGAAGUCCUUGGGCAGCAUUAAGAGAGUGUUUAGGAGAAGUACAGUGAGAUGAUCACAGUUUAGAAGGUUUGUUUGAAAACAAAGGAGCCAGACGGAGAGCCUGGAUCGUUUGGCUCAUCCAGCAGACUUUGAAACAUGUAGUGACCCUUAGGAAUACACAUACUUUGUAACAGCAGUGUAGUAAGGGAGUGAGAAUCCCUAUUCAACAUGGGGUUCCUGAAGAUAUUUGGGAAAGGACAUGCCAAUAAUGGCAGCGGCGCUGUAAUGGUCAUCGCAAUCACCAUCCUUGCCACACUACACAAAGUUGAUGCUGUCACAGCAGACCCUGGUAAAGCCUUAUUUGACCCCAGACAAAAUGUUGGGGUCACACUGGCAUGAAGCCUGAAUACUGCCUCUUUUUGUGCCAGUUUGGCCGUCCCAAUGUCACCAUUAGUAUGUGUUCCGAUAAAUGACUCCAACAUAAAUUUGUUGACUGAGACCCCCAUAGGAGAUUUUUGUAGCAGUGAGGUAAACUAUUAUGAAAAUAGAUUGGCGAUUAGCUUUACCUCGAUUACUGGAAAAUGUAUGUAUGGAAUCAAUUCAUGGAUCCCUACACUACCCUUUUAUCCAGGCGAUCCUCAAGAGAUUGAAAUUCUUGGGACACUUAUUGCUCCUUCAUGUUUUUAUUUCAAUGCAUCAGCAUAUGGGUGGCCACUGGGGAUAAAGGAUGACAAUCGUAUAAGGCCUACUUUUGUUACAGAGUCAAAUGGAUGGAACAAUGAAUCUUUAUGGUGCUAGAGCUGACUCAGAAUAAAACAACCCCAGCGUCAAUGAUCUACCCUAGGCAAUUACCAGCUGGCCUAUUUUUAAUAUGUGGUAAUCGCGCCUGGGCCGGGAUACCCCCAGCACCUGUUGUGGGCCAUGUACAAUUGGACAAAUAAACAUGGCAAUGCCGCACCGCCAUCCUAAUGCCAGUCACCCGAAGGUUAAAAUACAAUACAGCUGAACUAAACGCACGGCCACUGUAUCCCUUGGAGAAAACUGUAAUGAUGAGGUAAAGUUAUGGAGUAAAUGGCAAGUUGUUUUGUCAGAAUUGUUUCUCCCUAGAGCUACUGCUGGCAGUGCCUAGAACAAUUUAGAGAAGUUAGCUUGCUGGGUUGUUAGACAGGCUAAUGCUACUAUUAAUGUUUUAUCCUUAUUAGCUAAAUAUUUAUUUAGUAUGCAGCAUGUGAUAUUACAGAAUUGUGCAGCAAUUGGGUUUUUUUAUUAGCUUAUGCUCAUGGUUGUGAAGACUUUGAAGGAAAGUGUUGCAUGGACUUUGAGGAUCAUUUUGAGUCCAUCCACAAGAAAAUACAGAGCUUACAGCAACGUGUUAACAAGAUUCCGCAAGAUGUAGGAUUGGAGUCAUUAUGUGAUUGGUUGGGCAUUGGUAGGUAGAGAAGGGGAUCAGUGAAAACAGGAAUUGUUGUGUUAUUAGUGGUUAUUUUGGGAAUGUGUUUGUUUGGUUGUUUGUUGUUGUGUGCGCAGAGUGUUUGCAAACGUAACAGAACAGGCAUGGAUUGUGCAAAAAGAAAGCGGGGGAAUUGUGGAUGCAUGGCUGGAAAAGCAGGGACAUGUGCACAAUCCUGCUUUCAGCCUAAAGGAUGAGUAGAAGCUGAAAUGUCCUUGAACUGUUCUUUAGAUGGGAUAAGAAUGAAGUAAAGUUUGGAGCAAUAGCUGUAACAGGAUGCUAGACAGGAUGUGCUGACCAUAAGUUGGGGAAGGCUCACAGCAUCCAGCCACAUGGACAGAGCUUCUAAGCCGAUUAUGAAUACUGCAAGGAUGUGUGAACACUGUGGUUUAACCAAUGAUGUUCAGAGUUAGGUGCAUUAUCUGCUUAGCACAGUAUAAAUGUAAGCCAAAUAGCUGAAUAAACGAGCAAGAUUUUUAACUCAUAUUGAGUGCUGUCU